CGUCACGUCUGGUUCGCGUGCCGCGGCUGACCACCAGCGAGGUGACGUUCACCGUCUACUGGGAGGGCGGCACCACAUCGGCCUCGGCCGCGCCGCUGCCACCCGGCCACGCAGUCCGGGUGACGCUGACGCCCGGCACGGCGUGGCGCACCCGACUCGAGCCGGCCGCCUGGACUCUGAGCCAGGCCGAGCUAGCCCAGGGAGGCAACAGGACAGUCCGUGUCACCGGACAGUACCUGGGUCGCGACCACGUCGUGGUUGUCCUGGACGUAGUGAACGAGGCUGAAGAGCUCGCCUUACCGGCUUCGCUCGAAAUGACCCCCAACAGCUUCACGUACCACGUCAGCUUCGUUCGCACUGAACAGUCUCUCGGCACGAUAUUUUUUGUCAUAUUUGUAGUGAUUUUGGUAUUCGGGAGCGGCAUUUUUGGCAUGCAACUUGAUGUAGAGCUGAUCAAGAAGGAGCUGCAGAAGCCCGUUGGGCCGACGGUGGGAUUUUUGGGACAAUUCAUCUGCAUGCCCCUGGUUGCCUACACCGUAGCCCGUUUGGGAUAUCCGCAUGAACCGUUCUACCAACUGGGGGCGUUUGUAAUAGGCAUCUGCCCAGGCGGUUCGGGAAGUAACAUGUGGACGGUUCUGUUCCGGGGUGACUACAACCUCAGCAGCACCAUGACUUUCGUCUCCAACGUCGCUGCUAACGCCAUGAUGCCGCUGUGGCUGUACACCCUCGGCCUGACGCUCUCAGCAGGCAGCGAGGACAUCAGCAUUCCGUUCUCGGGUCUCCUGCGUGCUCUCGCGGCAAUGGUGAUUCCAUAUGCAGCCGGGAUACUUCUCCGACGGGCUCGUCCACACUGGAAGAAGCACUCCGAAGUAAUCCUGGUACCCCUCACCCUGUGCUCGGUGAUCUUUAUUGUAUCGGUGACGGUGUUUCUUAACUUGGAGUUGUUUCAACUUAUGGACUAUCGACACCUGCUGUUUCCGGCGGUGGUGGCAACCUCAGGGGCGCUGCUCGCAACUGGACUGGCGGUGGCUUUUCAACUGCCCAUGAAGCAGGUGGUCACCAUAGCUCUGGAAACUGCGAUCAGAACGCCAGCAUUGGCCUUGAACCGGGCACUCGGUGAGCAGACACUGGUGGGUCAGUUCAGGCACCAGGACGACCCGAAUGUCUUGCUGAACUCGGAGCUGGAAGAUCUCAAGCAGCCGCUGCAGCUGGAGGCGGCAUGA